CCAUCUCGCUGGCUCCGCUCCGAAACACGCACGAGGCCCCCGACGAUGGCUGGUGGCGGCGGCGGCGGCGGCGGCCGGCCUCGCGCCGUCUUCAUGGCCUUCGGCACCCGAGGCGACGUCUUCCCCGUCGCAGCGCUUGCUACCGCUUUUGCGCGUGACCAACAGCAGUAUGCUGUGGUGUUCAUCACCCAUUCAGCGCACCGGAGUUUGUCAGCACAUCUAGCAGCCAGCAACGUCAGAUACAUGCCUGUGUCAAGCCCUCCUGUCCUUGCCGCCGAACAGGUUGAGAAUAUCUCAGGUGGUUCUCAAUCAAAUCAUGAGGAUGAGUCCUUUUCGUCACGGAAAAUGAUCAUUCAGAUGGAGCACAGAAAAGAAUGUUUGUCUUCUGUGGAAGCGGUUUUUGGAGAUGAUCCAAGCAUUAAUGGGGAUUUUGUUGUCAUCAAUUUCUUUGCUUUGGAAGGCUGGCACCUUGCAGAAUUGUUCCAAGUUAAGUGCAUCAUUGCUGCUCCCUAUUUUGUUCCAUAUAGUGCUCCUUCAUCAUUCCAGCGUCAAUUUAAACAUAAUUUUCCUCUACUGUACAAGUACUUCCAAGAAGCUCCCGCAAAUACGGUCUGCUGGACAGACAUUAUCCACUGGAUGUGGGCACUCUUUACGGAAAGUUGGGGAUCGUGGAGAAGCAAUUGUUUAAAUCUUAGCCCUAUUCCUUUCACAGAUCCAGUAACUAAUCUUCCUUUGUGGCAUGUGCGGGAGGAGUCACCGUUGUUGCUGUACGGUUUCAGCAAAGAAAUUGUGGAGUGCCCAGGAUAUUGGCCAUCCAGUGCUCAUGCUUGUGGCUUUUGGUUUCUUCCUACGGCUUGGCAAUUUUCUUGUGACAAAUGCAUGGAGUUGUCUAGAAAUAUGAAUUCUUCACUGGGGAGUGUUCUGUGUGCAAAACAUUCUUCCAUGGAACGCUUCCUCGUGGGGAAUUCCUAUUCAUCAAGGCCUGUAUUUGUAGGAUUAAGUUCCAUUGGUAGCAUGGGUUUUCUUAGAAAUCCUAAAGCAUUUCUAAUGGUGCUUAAAGCUGCCAUAGAGUCGACGGACUACAGAUUCAUACUUUUCUCGUCUGGAUAUCAGCCAUUGGAUUCUGCAAUCCGAUCUAUUGCUUCUUCAGUAACCGAAUCAAGUGAGGCGGCCGCAUCUUCUCUAAGUGAUGAUAGCGCUCUCCUUUUUAACGGUCGGCUUUUCUGCUUUUCUGGAUCAAUACCAUACAGCUGGCUCUUUCCUAGAUGUGCAGCCGCUAUUCACCAUGCUGGCAGUGGAUCUACAGCUGCAGCACUUCUUGCUGGAACCCCACAGGUAGUGUGCCCUUCCCUGCUGGAUCAGUUUUACUGGGCAGAGAGGCUACACUGGUUAGGAGUGGCACCUGAACCCCUACAAAGACAACAUCUAAUCCCAGAUAGUGAUGAUGCCUCGAGCAUUCACAAUGCUGCAGAGGUUCUACACGGAGCCAUCAAAUCAGCAUUAUUACCAGAAAUUAAAGCUCAGGCAACCAGAAUUUCCGAUAGGCUUUCCUUUGAGGAUGGGAUUGGAGAAGCCCUGAGGAUCUUGAAGGAAAGAGUGUUGAUUCAGGAUCAAACCUGAGCUGCAAUAACUGUGCGACAUAGUGCAGAGCAGCACCAUAUGCAUGUAAAAGUAAAAUUACUAGUACUCUUAUAUUUGUCUUUAUGCUCUAAUCAAUGUGUGCUAUAUGAAAGCAAUGCACGGAUUUCUUGUGUCAGUUUUGGAGAAAAA